CCCAUCAACCUUCAAAGAAAAAUUGACAAAGAUUCGAGAAUCGAAAGAGGUGAGGAGUGCAAGCUAAAACUGGCGGCAAUGCUCAUAAAAUAUAGUGGCGGCAGGACGGAAAAUUUCUACAAGAAUGUCAAGAAGGAGAUAAAAAACUUGAGGAACUGCUAUGACUCCAAAGAAGUACAGGAAUGGACUGAUGAGGAGUUGGCCUGGAUGUUCCUAGUGGAUGGCUGUGCAUUGUUGCAUUUCAUAGUCCUUGAUGUGAACGAUAAGUGGGAGGAAUUCAGUGUUGAUACUGAUCUAGUCAGCAUUGAGAGGGUUGAUUUUUUCUUCCUUGAGAACCAACUGCCCUACCUACUUCUUAAGAUAUUGAAAGCCUCGUUUGCUGAAUCCUUAGGUAUAGAAUUAAUAGAAAUUAAUCUUAAGGAGUUAUCCAAGAAAUUCAUUAUCAAAUUCAUCAAUGACUGCUUCUUGAGUCCGACUGCGCAGCAACAACACCAAAUUCAGGUUGAUUAUUCUCAGUCUCAUCAUCCUCACGAGCAACAAGAAGAAGAAGAAGAGCCUCCUCAUCUUCUAGACCUGUUGCGAAGAAGACUGAUGGGAGUGAAAUCAAAAGAGAAGGGUGAGAAACAAAGAGGGAUUUACGAAGUUGAUCGGUGGGCGACACUGCCUGGUGUUGAAAGCGAACGCUGGCCCUCAAUUCGCAACGUAAAGGAGCUGAAAGACAAUGGUAUUCAUUUUAAAGCUAGCAAAAAGGGAGGUGCCAUCAUCACAGACAUUGAUUUCAAUGACCGUUGUUGCAUGCCAACCCUUACGCUGGCUCCCAUUUUUUUGGACAAUACCACCAUGCAUGCCAUUGUUGCUGAAUUUGAUGGCGAACUGAGAGUUGCAGGCGUGCUGCACAAUGGAUUAGGAAGCGAUGAAGCUGUAGCGGAGCUGUUCAACAAUAUUAGUGGCAUCCUGAUGCCAUAUCUUAAGAUAAACCCAGAAUUGGGCCGUAAUAUCCAUGAAUACUGCAACAGCAAUAAAUCACGCUUCAUGGAAGUCAUUCACACCUAUUUUAGGGGUACUUGGAGCUUCUGGGUCUUCCUCAGUGCCUUAGCAGGUCUUAUUAUGCAAGGAAUGCGAACUUAUUAUAGCUUCCGCCAAGGGUGUUCAUGCUAUGCACCGCCACAUUCCGACCUCUCUUCUCCGCCGAUCAUUGAGCCAAGGUGCGUCUCUGCUCAGACCGCCGCCACCCUCGGCGGUUCUUUGAUCAUCAUCGACGAACGCACUGGGAAGAAGUACCAGGGGAUCCUUCGAUACAGAGGCUACCCAAUCGAGGAGUUGGCCGAGAGGAGUACCUUCUUAGAAGUGCCCUACCUCCUCAUGUAUGGAAAUUUGCCUUCUAAAUGUCAGUUAGCUGAUUGGGAAUUUUCUGUUUCUCAGCAUUCAGCUGUACCACGAGAGAUAUUGGAUAUAAUACAGUCAAUGCCUCAUGACGCACACCCAAUGGGUGUACUUGUCAGUGCAAUGAGCGCCCUUUCCAUCUUUCAUCCAGAUGCAAAUCCUGCUUUUAAGGUAACUUUGUGUUUUCUGAGGGGCAAAAGGUGCAGAUCACCCCCUCAACUCAACAACUGGUGGCAAAUCACCCCCUUAACUCACUUCACGCGCAAAUCACCCCCUCAACUCCCCUGCGGUGGCAAAUCAGCCCCUCUGUUAAGGCUUCCGUUAACAUUUAACAGUUUGCUCAUAAGCCCUUCCUCUGUGUCUGACGUGGCCUUUUUGUUGUUGAGAUGGAUGCUGAGUUUCUAUCGUCUUCGUCUUCUUCCCCUCUUCGUCCUUUUAAGAUCUGCAAUUCAUCGAGAAUGGGGUUCUUUGUCAAGCUGUGAAUCUUCUGUGAAAUUACCAUAUUUUAAGAAACCCAAUCCUCAACUGGCUAGAGUGCUGGACAUUCUUUUCAUAUUACAUGCAGAACAUGAAAUGAACUGUUCAACAGCUGCUGCUAGGUAUCUUGCGUCAGGUGGAGUUGAUGUAUACACAGCUCUUGCUGGAGCAGUUGGAGUACUCUAUGGUCCUCUUCAUGGUGGAGCAAAUGAGGAUUGCAAACGAUAUUUCCAACCAACUUCUGUUGCGAUCGGUCCCUUGAACCAUCAAAGAGAGCCUAACGAACAUUCGAGAAUCCAUAGAGGUGAGGAGUGCAAGCUAAAACUGGCGAAAAUGUUAAUUGAGGAAUGUAAAGGCAAGGUGGAACAUUUCUGCGAGAAUGUCAUGAAGGGGAUAAAGAGCUUGAGGGACUGCUAUUACUUCAAAGGACAGAAUUGGACAGAUGAGGAGUUGGCCUCUAUGUUCGUAGUGGAUGGCUGUGCAUUGUUGCUUUUCAUAGUCCUUUAUGUGGACAAUAAGUGGGAGGGAUUCAGAGUUACUCAUGAUCUAGUUGUGAUUCCGGUGGUUGAUUUUUUCUUACUUGAGAACCAGCUGCCCUACCAACUUCUUAACAUAUUGAUAGAAUCGUUCGUUGAAGCCUCAGAAGAUAAUGCUUUUAAGAGGUUAUUCAAGGAAUACAUCACCGACUUCGUCAAUAAGAGUUUCUUGAGUCUGAUUGCGGCGCAACAGCACCAAAUUCAGGUUGAUCAUUCUCAUGAGCAACAAGAAGAAGAAGACCCUGUUCAUCUUCUAGACUUGUUGCGAAGAAGACUGGUGGGAGUCAAAUCGAAAAAGAAGGGCGCCGAGAACCAAGAACGGACUAAAGAAUCUUGUUGGUUGCAUACAGUGCGAAGAACACUGAUGGGAGUCAAAUCGAAAAAGAAGGGCGCCGAGAACCAAGAACAGACUAACAAAUCUAGUUGGUUGCAUAAAGAAAUGAAAGGUGAUAAAAGCAGACUCUGGUUUUCAAUUCGCAACGUAAAGGUGCUGAAAGACAAUGGUAUUCGUUUUGAGGCGAGGGAAAAGGUAGAUUCCCUCACAAAGAUUGAAUUUAAUGACCAUUGUUGCAUGCCAACCCUUAAGCUGGCUCCCAUUUUUUUGCACAAUACCACCAUGCCAUUGUUGCUGAAUUUGAUGGCGUAUGAGCUGUGUCCGUAUUUCAAAGAAGAUUGCAAGAUCAUCUCGCACUUGUCAUUCCUCGACUCCUUGAUAGAUGAUAGCGAGGAUGUGAAGGAACUGAGAGAUGCAGGCGUGCUGCACCACGGAUUAGGAAGCGAUGAAGCUGUAGCGAAGCUGUUCAACGAGAUCAGCCGCAUCCUGGUGCCAAAUCUUAAGAUGGACUCAGAAUUGAGACGUAUCCAUGAAUACUGCAGCAACAAAUCACACCCCCGCAAUCUAUGUGCCAGCUUCGUGGCUAAACUCACUGACACCUAUUUUAGUAGUCCUUGGAGCUUCUUGGUCUUCCUCGGUGCCUCAGCAGGUCUUAUUAUGACAGGAAUCCAAACUUAUACUAGCUUCCAGGGAAAGCUCCCCUAGUGAGCUUUAAUUACUGUAUAUAUUUAUAGCGUUCUUAAAAUAUGUCUUAGGCUAUUCUUAAGAUGCUAAGUGAGAUUGAAACCGUAGAGAACAUUCCUGAGUUUAUUGAGGGUGUAAAGAACAGGUGAUUGAAUGUAAACCAUUUCAUGCUUUGUCUAUUUCACAGGAGCUAUCUUUCAUAUGCUGUAUAAACCUCUAAUUUAUGUUCUUCUACUGCUUUAUUUCUUUAGGAAGUGAAAGAUGUCAGGUUUCAGACACCGUGUCUACAAAAACUAUGAUCCGAGAGCAAAAGUGAUAAAGAAAUUGGCGGAGGAAGUAUUUUCCAUUUUUGGUCGGGAUCCCCUUAUUAAGGUAUU